CCCAGUGUUCAGGAUGUGGACCUGGGUACCGGACCCCGCUGGAGGCCAUGAAGGGUCCUCGAGAGAAGAUCGUUUACCUGCCCUGCAUCUACCGCAGCACCGGUACCCCCAAACCGGACUACCUGGCCACUGUCGAUGUGGACCCAGAGUCCCCCACCUACAGCCAGGUGAUCCACCGCCUGCCUAUGCCCAACCUGAAUGACGAGCUGCACCACUCGGGCUGGAACGCCUGCAGCAGCUGCUUUGGAGACCCGUCCAAGACCCGGAACCGCCUGAUCCUGCCGUCCCUGAUCUCCUCCAGGAUCUACGUCAUCGAUGUGGGGACAGAACCCAGAACCCCCAGGAUCCACAAGAUGGUGGAACCAGUGGACCUGUUCUGGAAGUGUGGUCUGGCCAACCCUCACACCAGUCACUGUCUGGGCAGUGGGCAGAUCAUGAUCAGCUGCAUAGGAGAGCCCUCAGGGGGGGCCAAAGGUGGUUUUGUUCUGCUGGACGGUGAGACGUUCGAGGUCAUCGGUAACUGGGAGCACCCAGGUGAAGCGGCGCCAUUCGGCUAUGACUUCUGGUACCAGCCUCGGCACAACGUGAUGAUCAGCACUGAGUGGGGCGCCCCCAAAGCUCUGGCUGACGGCUUUAACCCAGCUGACGUGAAAAAAGGUCUCUAUGGGUCCAGCCUGCAUGUUUGGGACUGGACCACCCACAGGAAGCUGCAGACUCUGGAUCUGGGAGAAGAUGGUGCUAUUCCUCUGGAGGUCUGAUUCCUUCAUGAUCCGAGUGCCACUGAGGGCUAUGUGGGCUGUGCUCUGGGUUCCUCUGUCUUCAGGUUCUACAAGACACCGGAAGGGAAGUGGGCUGCAGAGAAGGUCAUCAGUGUUCCCAAGAAGAAGGUGGAGGGGUGGAUGCUGCCUGAGAUGCCAAGUCUCAUCACAGACAUCCUGAUCUCAUUGGACGAUCGUUACAUGUACUUCAGUAAUUGGCUUCACGGUGACAUCAGACAGUAUGACAUCACCGACCGCAGGAAGCCCAGAUUGGUCGGCCAGGUGUUCCUAGGAGGAAGUCUCGUCAGUGACGGACCAGUGAAAGUUCUAGAGGACCCAGAGAAACAGGAUCAGCCCCGCCCACGUUUUAUAAAGGGGAGGCGUGUCCCUGGCAGUCCUCAGAUGCUGCAGCUCAGUUUGGACGGACAGAGACUUUAUGUGACCACGUCUCUGUACAGCGGUUGGGACAAACAGUUCUACCCUGACAUGAUAAGAGACGGUUCUGUGAUGAUGCAGAUCAAUGUGGACUCAGAGCAUGGUGGUCUGUCUUUGAAUGAGGACUUCCUGGUGGACUUUGGGAAGGAACCGGAUGGGCCAGUUCUGGCCCACGAGCUCCGGUAUCCAGGAGGAGACUGCACCUCAGACAUCUGGCUGUGAGGUCCAGCUGGACCUGCUGCUGGACCUGCUGCUUGAGGAGCCUAACCUUCAGCAGAGCUUUAAAUCUGCAACAUUCUACAAACUAAAUGAAUUUUCCAUUUCAGGUUUUCUGUCCUGCUGUAGCAGCUGCUGCUGCUGCUGAAUCUGAAAGCUUUCACAACACACAUUUAAAAUAAUCAAAACAUAAAAACAACAUUUACCAGAAGAUGAAAUCAGCUGAGAGAUGAGCUUAAAGAACAGAAGAUUUCUGAUUGAUUCUGUCCUGAAACUGGAAUUUCUUUCAUUUUUAUACAUUUGCAUGAAAAUAAAUUCUUCCUUCAAACA